GUGCAGCCAUUUCUCUUAAGACUACGAUUCAAAAUAUUCUACAAUCGUCUUGUAUUUCUCUGGUUUCUCACUCUCAACAAAUCUUACCACCAGCCUACGAGGCCAUGAGUCGCUUGCAAAAGGUUCUUCUAAAAUUGGACGAGACGGGCUACAGCAAGAUCAGGACGAAGGUGAAUGCUUUGGAUGAACAAAUCAAAGAGGUUGUGUGGGAAUUCGAAGAUUUACUAGAAUCUCAUGUGUAUCAACAGAUUCUUCCACAGCUCGAAAGCUCAGGAGAUCACAUGGCAGCUAUCUUUGUGGAUUUGCAGAGUUUGCAGCAGAGUGUUGAUUGCUUCGUCGAGAGGGUGAAAGCGAUGGAGGCGGAGUACGAUAUUGAACUGCUGAAUAUGCCUGAUGAAGAAGGUGAACCUCUUUCCUCAAGAAUUGAUUGCAGUGGAAUCAACUCGAAGAUGGUUAGAAUACCUGAUGAUUUUGGACUAGUUAGGGAUGUGGUUCUUGCAGAAGAUGAAGAGAACUGCUGUGGAAUUAUUGGGAUGGCAGGAGUUGGAAAGACAACUUUUGCUAAGAAAGUAUUUGACGACCCAUUAGUGCGCGAACAUUUCGAGCAUCGGGCAUGGGUCAAAGUGGGCAAAAAAUGUGAAUCCAAUGAAACAUUAAAAUGCAUUCUAGCUCAACUGGAUCCCAACACUCAAGGUCGAGACGGUUAUGAUGACGAGAAAUUAGCUGGAAUCUUGGAAGAGCGAUUGAAAGAUAAGCAAUGUCUCAUUGUGUUGGAUGACGUAUGGGAAUGGGACACCCGAAUGAUAGCUAACUUGCCUCAAGAGAAUGUUCGAAUCUUGUUUACAAGCAGGCUAAAUACGAUAAAUUCUUCAGGUGUAAGAGUAAAUUUGUUGGAUGAAGAAGAGAGUAAGAAAUUACUUGGUGAGAAGGUGUUUGGUGAAGAGGGGUUCCCUCCCCACCUUGAGAAACUGGGAGAGAUAAUUGCCAAUAAAUGUGAAGGUCUUCCACUUAUGUUAGUCACAGUUGGAGAGCUCCUAUCCAAAGAAGACAAGACUCCAGAGUUCUGGACUGAGGUGGCCGGUAAAAAACAUAAUUCAAUAUUCGUGGAUGCAUAUAGUCAAAUAUCGGAGGUUAUUAUGAUGAUAUGAAAGAUCAACGGCGGUUGUGUGCUCAUAGCAACAAUUUAUUUGCCUUCCAAGAA